AUGUCCCAUCGUGCUUUAUCACUAAAACGUACGAAGUCAGAAGAGUUACAACGUUUUCAUUGUACGUCAAAGUCUCAAAUAAAUAUAACACCAGUUAAAAAUAUGCACCAAAUGUUACCAGUCAUACCUGCCGACUUUUCCGCAUUUAUGGAGCUUAGGGUUGGUGGUCGUUUUCGACUUGGUCGGAAAAUUGGCAGCGGUUCAUUUGGUGACAUCUAUUUGGGCCAGAACAUAGUAACGCAGGAGGAGGUAGCAAUCAAGUUAGAAUGUGUGAAAACUAAGCAUCCACAGCUGCACAUCGAGGCUAGAUUAUAUAAACUAAUGAGUGGAGGAAUAGGUAUUCCCCAGGUGAAAUGGUGUGGUUACGAAGGCGAAUAUAAUGUUAUGGUAAUGGAACUGCUGGGACCAUCUCUGGAAGAUUUAUUUAAUUUUUGCUCACGAAAAUUUACUCUAAAGACUGUAUUGUUGUUAGCUGACCAAAUGCUAUCUCGCAUCGAAUAUAUCCAUUCGAGAGAUUUUAUUCACCGUGAUAUCAAACCUGAUAAUUUCUUGAUGGGAUUAGGCAAAAAGGGCAAUUUAGUUUAUAUUAUUGAUUUCGGACUUGCGAAGAAGUAUCGCUGUAGCAGGACACAUGCUCAUAUUCCAUAUAGAGAAAAUAAGAACCUUACUGGAACAGCAAGAUAUGCAUCUGUUAACACUCAUCUUGGAAUAGAACAGAGUCGAAGAGAUGAUAUCGAAUCACUCGGGUAUGUUCUUAUGUAUUUCAAUCGUGGCACCUUGCCGUGGCAGGGUUUGAAAGCAGCAACAAAACGACAGAAAUAUGAUAAGAUCUCGGAGAAAAAAAUGAGCACACCUGUUGAAGAGCUUUGUGCUGGAUAUCCAGAAGCUUUUGCUGCUUAUCUUAAGUACUGCAAGUGUUUGGGUUUCGAAGAGCAACCGGAUUAUUCACACUUGCGUCAACUUUUCCGAAAUUUAUUCCAUCGGCAGGGUUUCACCUAUGAUUAUGUUUUCGACUGGAAUUUGCUCAAAACUGCUAAACGUAUGCAACCAUCGCAGGGGCAGCAGCUAGCGCAGCAAAGAAUGGUUAUUGAACAAUAA